UGACAACGGUCAGUAAUGAAGGUGGCUGCGGCGGCGCCGCCGAUUCAGCUGCUCCGGGCGGGGACGGCGCCCGGGCCGCGCCUGUAGGACCUCGGGCCGGCGCGGCGCGAUGGGCACCCGGCGCGGGGAGUGAGGUGGCGGCGGCGGAGAGCGGAACUUCAGUCCAAGGGGCUUGCCCGCGCCCCCUCCGGCUCGUCGUCCUCGCCCCCUGCAGUCCCUUGGCCCCCGCGGGGCCGCCACGGCGACGGCGGGGCAAUGUGGCGCUGGGUCCGGCAGCAGUUGGGUUUCGACCCACCACAUCAAAGUGACACAAGAACUAUUUAUAUAGCCAACAGGUUUCCUCAGAAUGGCCUUUACACACCUCAGAAAUUUAUAGAUAAUCGGAUCAUCUCAUCCAAGUAUACUGUGUGGAAUUUUGUUCCAAAAAAUUUAUUUGAGCAAUUCAGAAGAGUGGCAAACUUUUAUUUUCUUAUUAUAUUUUUGGUUCAGCUUAUGAUUGAUACUCCUACUAGUCCAAUUACCAGUGGACUUCCAUUAUUCUUUGUGAUAACAGUAACCGCCAUAAAGCAGGGAUAUGAGGACUGGUUACGACAUAACUCAGAUAAUGAAGUAAAUGGAGCUCCUGUUUAUGUUGUUCGAAGUGGUGGCCUUGUAAAAACCAGAUCAAAAAACAUUCGGGUAGGUGAUAUUGUUCGAAUAGCCAAAGAUGAGAUUUUCCCUGCAGAUUUGGUGCUUCUGUCCUCAGACCGACUCGAUGGUUCAUGUCAUGUUACAACUGCUAGUUUGGAUGGAGAAACUAACCUGAAGACACAUGUGGCUGUUCCAGAGACAGCAGUAUUACAAACAGUUGCAAAUUUGGACAGUCUUAUAGCAGUGAUAGAAUGCCAGCAGCCAGAAGCAGACCUGUACAGAUUCAUGGGACGGAUGAUAAUAAGUCAACAAAUGGAAGAAAUUGUAAGACCUCUGGGACCAGAGAGUCUCUUGCUUCGUGGAGCCAGAUUAAAAAACACAAAAGAAAUUUUUGGUGUUGCUAUAUACACUGGAAUGGAAACCAAGAUGGCCCUAAAUUACAAGAGCAAGUCACAGAAACGAUCUGCAGUAGAAAAGUCAAUGAACACAUUUUUGAUAAUUUAUCUAAUAAUUCUUAUUUCUGAAGCCAUCAUCAGUACUAUCUUGAAAUAUACAUGGCAAGCUGAAGAAAAAUGGGAUGAACCUUGGUAUAACCAAAAAACAGAACAUCAAAGAAAUAGUAGCAAGAUUCUGAGAUUUAUUUCUGAUUUCCUUGCUUUUUUGGUACUCUACAAUUUCAUCAUUCCAAUUUCAUUAUAUGUGACAGUUGAAAUGCAGAAAUUUCUUGGAUCAUUUUUUAUUGGUUGGGAUCUUGAUCUCUAUCAUGAAGAAUCAGGUCAGAAAGCUCAAGUCAAUACUUCUGAUCUGAAUGAAGAGCUUGGACAGGUGGACUAUGUGUUUACAGAUAAAACUGGAACACUGACAGAAAAUGAGAUGCAGUUUCGGGAAUGUUCAAUUAAUGGCAUGAAAUACCAAGAAAUUAAUGGUAGACUUGUACCUGAAGGACCAACACCAGACUCUUCAGAAGGAAACUUAUCUUAUUUGAGUAGUUCAUCCCAUCUUAACAAUUUAUCCCAUCUUACAGCUAGUUCUUCUUUUAGAACCAGUCCUGACAAUGAAACUGAACUAAUUAAAGAACACGAUCUCUUCUUUAAAGCAGUUAGUCUUUGCCAUACUGUACAGAUCAGCAAUGUUCAACCUGAUGGCAUUGGUGAUGGUCCUUGGCAAUCCAACCUGUCACCCCCCCAGUUGGAAUACUAUGCAUCUUCACCAGAUGAAAAGGCUCUAGUGGAGGCUGCUGCAAGAGUUGGCAUUGUCUUUAUUGGUAAUUCUGAAGAAACUAUGGAAGUUAAAAUACUUGGAAAACUAGAACGAUUCAAAUUGCUCCAUAUUCUGGAGUUUGAUUCAGAUCGUAGGAGAAUGAGUGUAAUUGUUCAGGCACCUUCAGGGGAGAAGCUUUUAUUUGCUAAAGGAGCUGAAUCGUCAGUUCUUCCUAAAUGUAUAGGUGGAGAAAUAGAAAAAACUAGAAUUCAUGUAGAUGAAUUUGCUUUGAAAGGGCUACGAACUCUGUGUGUAGCCUAUAGACAAUUUACACCUAAAGAAUAUGAAGAAAUAGAUAAACGACUAUUUGAAGCCAGGACUGCCUUGCAGCAACGGGAAGAGAAAUUGGCAGAUGUCUUUCAGUUCAUAGAGAAAGACCUGAUGUUACUUGGCGCUACAGCGGUGGAAGACAGGCUACAAGAUAAAGUUCGAGAAACUAUUGAAGCAUUGAGAAUGGCUGGUAUCAAAGUGUGGGUACUUACAGGAGAUAAACAUGAAACAGCUGUUAGUGUGAGCUUAUCAUGUGGACAUUUUCAUAGAACCAUGAACAUCCUUGAACUGAUAAACCAGAAAUCAGACAGUGAAUGUGCCGAACAAUUGAGGCAACUUGCCAGAAGAAUCACAGAGGAUCAUGUGAUUCAGCAUGGGCUGGUAGUAGAUGGGACCAGCUUAUCUCUUGCACUCAGGGAACAUGAAAAAUUAUUCAUGGAAGUUUGCAGAAAUUGUUCAGCUGUAUUGUGUUGUCGUAUGGCACCUUUGCAGAAAGCAAAAGUAAUAAGACUGAUAAAAAUCUCACCUGAGAAACCAAUAACAUUGGCUGUUGGCGAUGGUGCUAAUGAUGUAAGCAUGAUACAAGAAGCACACGUUGGCAUAGGAAUUAUGGGAAAAGAAGGAAGACAAGCUGCACGAAACAGUGACUAUGCAAUAGCUAGAUUUAAAUUCCUCUCCAAAUUACUUUUUGUUCAUGGCCAUUUUUAUUAUAUUAGAAUAGCUACCCUUGUACAGUAUUUUUUUUAUAAGAAUGUAUGCUUUAUCACACCCCAGUUUUUAUAUCAGUUCUACUGUUUGUUUUCUCAACAAACACUGUAUGACAGCGUGUACCUGACUUUAUACAAUAUUUGUUUUACUUCUCUACCUGUUCUGAUGUAUAGUCUUUUGGAACAGCAUAUAGACCCUCAUGUAUUACAGAACAAGCCCACCCUCUAUCGGGACAUUAGUAAAAAUCGCCUCUUAAGCAUUCAAACAUUUCUCUAUUGGACCAUUUUGGGUUUCAGUCAUGCCUUUAUUUUCUUUUUUGGAUCCUAUUUUCUAAUGGGGAAAGAUAUAUCUCUGCUUGCAAAUGGCCAGAUGUUUGGAAACUGGACAUUUGGUACUUUGGUCUUCACAGUCAUGGUUAUUACCGUCACAGUUAAGAUGGCUUUGGAAACUCACUUUUGGACUUGGAUCAACCAUCUUGUUACCUGGGGAUCUAUUAUAUUUUAUUUUAUAUUUUCUUUGUUUUAUGGUGGUAUUCUCUGGCCAUUUUUGGGCUCCCAGAACAUGUACUUUGUAUUUAUUCAGCUCCUAUCAAGUGGGUCUGUUUGGUUUGCCAUAAUCCUUAUGGUUGUUACUUGUCUGUUUCUUGAUGUUGUGAAGAAAGUAUGUGACCGGCAGCUCCAUCCAACGAGUACUGAGAAGGCACAGAUGUACUCCAACACAGUCGCUUUAAGUGACGAGUUCAUCGCACUGCAGCCUUUGCCGAGGGCAAGGAAUCAGCUGAGCAAACUUAGCUUACUGAAACAAAUUCAAGUAUCAAGUGCUUGGACUCCAUGUGCUGUUUCCCGGAAGGAGAAACAGCAUGCGCAUCUGUUAGAAGAAUGCUGGAACGAAUUAUAGGAAGAUGUAGUCCCGCCCACAUCAGCAGAUCAUGGAGUGCAUCGGACCCUUUCUAUACCAACGACAGGAGCAUCCUGACACUUUCCACAAUGGAUUCAUCUACUUGUUAAAGGGCAGUAGUGCUUUGUGGAGGUGAUUCUCCUCCUUUCUGCAAAUUCAGGGUGAUAAUCCUGAAAGUGACCACAGUAGUUCCAAAAUUACCUUGUGACAUCUCUGGUGUAGUCCAUACCCACUCAGAGUUAAAAUGGCAGACAAACAGAAAACAUCAGUAUGAACUGCUCUUCUCUCUCCUUAAUUUUAAUCUGGACCUAUUAAACUUUGUGAAUAAAGAGUUAUUUUCAAUCUCUUUGUCUGGGUUGUCCCUUCUGCUUUGGGACUUCUAAUGGCAUUUCAGUCUGUUUUUGAGGUCAUUGUAUUUUAAUACCAAGGUAAAAAAAAACGAUAACUCUGGGUGUGUGUAUUUUUUAGGAUUAGCUUGGUUAUGAAAUCUUCUAUCUAAAUAUGCUUCUGUAAAUUAUGCUGAAAGUUUGCCUUGAGAACUCUAUUUUUUUAUUAGAGUUAUAUUUAAAGUUUUUCAUGAGAAAAGUUAAUGUGAAUAUUAAGCAGUCUUGGUCCUUGGUGACCACUGUUGUUAAUUGGUUAGUGCUUUAUAAGUUCACAGAGAAAAUUAGGAGAAUGCACUUAUAAUUGUUCUUUACUGCAGUAUGGUGGUAAAUUUUACUGAUUCCAAAUUUCUCUAAAUGUGCUAUAAUAGAAUCAGUAAAUGCAAAGGGUAUAUCAUACAUACAGUAGCAGAAAUCAACUUCGAUUUGCCAAAUUUCAAAUUGAUGGGCUUAACUUGAUAGAAUGUGGAGAACCUACAGUGGAUAAAUUAAAUACCACUAUACUAUUAAUUUAAUGUCUUCAUUGGAUCCUUUGCAUGCUUUUAACAUGGCUAAUAUAUGUAAAUUUCCUUUGUCUCUUUAUCUAAAGGUUCUGUUUAUAGUUAUUUUGUAAUAAUAUUGUAAAGCUCAGUUAUAUCAAUAAAAACACAAGUUUGAACAGUAUUUAAAUAUUGCAAAUACUUUUGAUUUUACAAAUCAAAAUGUGAGUCAAUAAAAAGAGGAAUGCCUCUUUUUGUGCAUCUUUCUGGAAUUAUAAGUUGCCCACAACUUAUAAUUUAUAACUUAUAAUUGUUCUAGCCUUUUUAGAAGCUAGACUUUAGAAUCUUGCUGUUUUAGGUUAAUAGAUGCUAAGAUACGGCAGACUACCACAGUAAAUUCUGCCUAGGAUCCCUCCCGUCAUCAGGAGUGUUGUCAGAUAUGUCUGUGAAACAUACAGGAAGCAGCCUAAACUGCUAAAUUUUUAUUGGAAAAAAAUAAAUUGUAGCUGCAAGAAAGGAAGAUGCUAUGAAGGGUUAAUCAAGUACAUGUUCCCCUUAAGUAACACUGCAUCUCAAACUUCCAUCCCAAAUUUAUCAGAUAGAUUCAGUGUUGUUACUUUUCUGUUUGAAGAUUUCGUAAAUGAGUGUAGGUUUAAAAACAGUUUCCUAGCUCUAAGCAUGUGAUGAUUGAAUACAUGUGCAUUUAAAAUUGUAAGAAAAUGGUUGUGAAGAUGUUCCCUUGAGAAUAGAAUUGCUUCUGGAGAUUUACUGUUCAGCUCUCCACUCCUUUCCUGUUUCAUGAGUGUGAGCUUCUGGACGUGAGCUGGUAAAAUGGCUGAGCACGAAUUGAGACGUUGCCUUUGUUUGCUAGUAAACUGCUUGUCUGUUUUAAUAGUGCAAGGACAUUGUUACCUAUUUCAGACUUUAUGUGAUCAUAAAUAUCCCUUCUGAACUGUAGCUUAGUUAGCUUUGAGAUUGGAACUGCAUGGAGGGGAAAAAUAUAAUGCACAGUUUGACACUCACCUGUUCAUGUGAGACAGCUUGACUAGAAAUAGUAGAAUACUUCAUAGGCUCAAAUUUGCUUUCUCUACAGUCUUAUAAAGUAUAUGUAUGACAAAAUAACACUCAAUAGGCCUGCAUGACCUCUACAAUGUUUGGAGGCUAUCGAGUAAAUGGACGACUCACAGAGGACACCAGAGCCAGCAAGUGGUCUGCAGACAGUGGCAACAAGGCAGAGCAGCUGGCCUCUCUGGUGGGCUUGACCAUAGGAACAGUCUGCAUUUACCAUGUGCACUUAGUGAAGGACGAGCGGGUUUGGUUUUGGUGGUGCUGAAGGUCAAACUCCGUUUCAUGCAUGCUAAGCAGGCACUCCAUCACUAAGCUUCUCUAGCUCCUUUUUUUCUAACAAUUUUUUUUUUCAUAAAUAGAUCUGGGGGGUAGCUAAGUGGUAGAGCACUUGCUUAGCGUGGGUGGGGUCCUGGGUUCCAUCAUAGCACCUCAAAAGUAAAUGGCAUACCCUUCUGUGCUCAUCCUGCUUUGUCAC